ACAAACAUGGCGCUGAAAAAUCUUUUAAGAAAUAAAAUUUGUCUGAAUCAAAUAUUAUUUUCAUCUUUUAAUCGCAGUUUUUGCUCUGGGAGUAAAGAAAGUAUCCAAAACUUGGUUAAUAAGAGUAAGGUUGUUGUUUUUAUGAAAGGCAUUCCUGAGCAACCACGUUGCGGAUUUAGCAAUGCUGUUACUCAAAUUUUGCGCAUGCACGGAGUGCAGUAUGAUAGUUACAAUGUUCUAGACGAUGAAAAAUUGCGGCAGGGUAUAAAAGAGUUCUCUAACUGGCCUACCAUUCCUCAAGUAUUCAUUGAUGGAGAAUUCAUUGGGGGCUGUGAUAUCUUGAUGCAAAUGCAUCAAAGUGGCGAACUCAUAGAAGCACUCAAAAAAGUUAAUAUUACAUCUGAAUUGCUUAAAGCUGAUGAAGAAAAAACAUAGCAUAUUUGUACGUCUAGGAAAAUUAUUAGCAGUUUUUUAAUAUUUGCAUUUUGUAGAGUAUUUUGAACAUUUUAAUUUUCAAGCAUCUUACAUUUGGAUAUUUGCAAUAAAUUGAUUUCAAAUACCUUCUUUUUACUUAUAACCCAAUGCAUUUUUAAUUUCCAAUUAUAUAUGCUUGUAUGGAAAAUAAUUUUUGUUUGAUUAUAGAAAAUCUGACUGAAGUAUCAAUAAAAUUUAGACCAUUAUAUAUAGUAUAUAGA